AAAAAAAAAAAAAAAAAAAAAAAAAAGCUAUGGCUCCAGGAAGACGAGGUGGUAGUAAUAGUGGAGGCAACAGAGGCACAGGAAGGAGACCACAAAGCAACAAUCAUAGUAGGAAAGCCCGUGGUGCAUCUAAAGCCAACAACAACAAUGGUGGUAAAGGAAGUGGAAAACGAGCACCCACUGUCAAAUCUCUCACCAAUGUCUUCUCUCUUGAAGAUGAUGAAGAGUCCAAGGACGCUAGACGCCGUAAGCAACGUCUAGAUAAAGUCGAAAACUAUGAAUACAAUGUCGAUGAGAUCGAAGAUGAGGAUGAUGAAGAGAUCGACUCGGAUGAAGCCUUUGAUGAAGAGGAUGAGAAGAAAUAUGAGAACUUCAAAUUCUAUGGAUCCAAGGACAGAGAAAAGAAGAAGAAUAAGAAGAUGCUGCAGACUCAGGCUAAGCAUAAGCCAAUCGAUUCUGAUGAAGAUAUGGAUCAGGAGGAUAGCGAAGAAGAAGAGGAAGAAGAAGAAGAAGAAGAAGAAGAAGAAGAGGGAGCAGAAUAUAUGGAUAUCUCCGAAAUGCUGAAUCAACCAGAGGAAGAGGAGGUUGCUUUGCCUAAGAAGACCAAGGUCGCUGGGUUUAAUGACUAUGAAAGUGAAGAGGACGAUUUUAAAUUUGGUGCUUCUGAAGAUGAAGAUGAUGAGGAUAUGGAGGAGGAUGAAGAAGAGGAGGAGGAGGAGGGCGACAACGACGACGACGACGACGAGAAUAAAACGUCAAGCCUUACGAGCUUCAUUGACUCUCUGGAGACAAAGCCCUCAAAGCGAAAGCAGGAAGACAGUCAGGAAUCGUCCUCCAGGAAGAAGCUUCGAAAGCCUCUGCGUGAGAGAACUGAGGCCUAUGACGAGUCAGAGUAUAACCUUCAGGCACAUCGCUCCGCUUCUGCUCACUCUGCUACAGGUACUACAAACAAGAAGCUGGAUAUGUUGGAUCUCAUCAGCACUGUUCAGAAUGAGGCUGGGUUUAGCUCCUUAAAAAAGAACGUCCAGACAUUGGAGAAUGGUCCCAAGAAGGGCAAGACUGUAGAGACCCUGGCAGCCCCUCUGCCCAAGGUUGUCCAGGAUCGAUUGAAUCGUCAAGCAGCUUAUGAUGAGGCAAAGAAGGAGGUCACCAAGUGGUUACCCAUUGUCCAACAGAACCGCCAGGCAGAACAUCUUGCCUUCCCUAUGAAUGCACCCCCAAUAGACACGCCUUCUAGCGCAACACUUGCCAGCAAGUUCGACGCAUCAACACCGAUGGAAAAGGAGAUCCAGACUGUUCUGGUUGAGGGCGGUAUGCAAGAAAAGAAGCUGAUGGAGUUUGAGGAAUUGUCAUUGAAUAAAAUGACCACAGAGGAGGUUGAAAGGCGGCGGGCUGAACUCCGCAAGAUGCGCGACCUUAUGUUCCGAGAGGAGCUCCGCGCGAAGCGUAUCUCAAAGAUCAAGAGCAAGUUGUACCAUAAGAUCAAGAAAAAGGAGCGUGAACGUAAUGCGUUGACGACCGAGGAGAUGGCGGAGCUUGAUCCUGAACAGGCACGCGAAGAACGUUUACUUGCAGAACAGAAGAGAGCUCAGGAACGUAUGACUCUCAAGCAUAAGAAUACAGGCAAGUGGGCCAAAGACCAACUCAAGCACGGCAACUUCGAUCCUGAGUCGCGACAGGCGAUUACAGAGCAAAUCGAGCGCGGUGAACGUCUUCGGCGCAAGAUUCAGGAUGUUGAUUCGGAUGAGGAGAUGUCUGGUGGAGAAAGCGAGUACAGUGACUUUGAUGACAAUGAUAUUGAAGGUGUCAAGGCUCGUGCAUUCGAUGAGUUGGCUCAAGUGGAGGAACAGCUCGCCAACGAUCAAGAUGCUGCUCUUGAGGCAAAGGUUGGCAAGGGCGUGUUCGCUAUGAAGUUUAUGCAAGACGCGGCCAAGCGGAGCAAGCUGGAGGCUCAGGCUGCUGCGGAAGAAUUCCGCAGAGAGAUGAUGGAAGAAGAUGCAUUGCGAGAACGGUUGGAUAAGGAGGACGAAGAGGAAUGGCAAUCAGCCACCAAAGGCAAGGGUAAGAAGGCCAAGGCAUCUAAGGAGGCAGAGCCAGGUACUGUUAUUGGUGUUGGAGGAAGAAUGAUCUUUGGAAGCUCUACUACCGCUUCAGCCGAUACAGAUUCAACGACACCAGCUGUCCAGGGCAAAGCCGUCAAGAUGAACAGUGGUGGGCAAAUCAACAAGGUUGCGUUAUCAGGUGGACAUUCUACUAAAGUGGCUGGACCUGUGAAUGUCAGCAUUGCAGGAACAAGCACGAGGAAGAAUGCUGCACAAGACAAUGACGACUCAGAUGACGGAGCCGUCAACCCAUGGCUUCAAGCAGACAAGCAUGGUCAGGGCAAGAUUGUACGCAAGAAUGAAAAGGGAACGAAUAAGGACAGCUCCAAGGCAGAUAAACUUCAAGCUAGGUUAAAGAAGCAGAAGGCAGCGGAGGCAAACUCCGAUGAUGAGGUGCAGAUUGAUACCAGCUCGUAUUUAACUCUGAGCAAAGAUAAUCAGCGGGAGCGUGGACUUGACAACGAUGUUGGAGAGAAAGAGUCAAGGAACGAACAAGCAGAGAGUGCAUCAUCAACGGUAUCAAACAAGAAAUCAAAAAAGGCCAGCAACAGCAAAAAGACCUCCUCAGAGGUAGAAGCCCAGAAUGAUAAUGACGAUGUCAAUGACUCGGAUGGCUCUGAGCCGGAGCCAGUGAUGGUUCAUGCCAAGGCUGCAGCAUCCCUAUCACAGCGUGACUUGGUCGCUCGUGCCUUCGCCAAUGAUAAUGUUGUUUCAGAAUUUGAGAAGGAGAAAAUGGAGACAAUGGAAGCUGAGCGACCCAAGGAUAUAGACAUGACUCUUCCUGGAUGGGGUUCAUGGGGUGGAAAGGGUAUGAGGAAGAAGAAGGAUGUCGUAGUCAAGAAGGCACAGCCUGGCGAUGGUGUCGAGCUGAGCAAGCGCAAGGAUGCUAAGCUUGCACAUGUAAUUAUCAACGAGAGACGUGAUAAGAAGGCUGCAAACUACGCUGUGACCUCGAUCCCACAUCCAUUCAAGUCCUGGGCCCAAUAUGAAGCCAGUCUACGAGCCCCCGUAGGCAAGGAAUGGAACACCAACACAACAUUCCAGAAGAUGACCCUGCCUAGAAUUACAACAAAGUUGGGCAAGAUUAUCGAUCCUUUAACUGCACCUUUCAAGUAA